GAUAUCGAAUGUGUAUCCAGCCCUGGUCCGCAUACAGCCACGCGUCGUGGUGUCGUCACGUAGUCUUGAUUAUGUUAUAAUUUGAGCUACUUUAAAUCCAGCAUAAUUGAAACAGGAUGCUCCCUCAAUUGCAUAACAGCGAUUUUGCAUAAGUGUGUAUGUGUGUGUGCGUACGGCCAGGGAGGAUACACACAAAUACAUACUAAUCGACCAAAAGUUUCACAAUUCAUUUGACUGGAUCAUCAAUAAUAUAAAUCAAAUUCGAUAAACGCUGCAUAUUGCAUUUUUGCUGGAAUUAAUUGAUUGGAUAAUUUAAUUGCAACAACGCCGCGAAAUUGUUUUGGCUGCUAUCGAAUAUAUUAUAUAUAUCGAUAGUUAACUGAAUGCGAUAUUUACCAUAACCCACAGUAUUCGUUUGAACAAUCUUAACUGUUAGUAACAGUAUAGCCGCCUGUUAAGUUCUUGGAUGCCAGAAACAUAACAUUAAACAAGCAGUGACACUUACAUAACGCGCAGUCACAGUCGUACGUCGAGUGAUAUGGCCGUGUUUCUGAUCAACAUCUGCAAAUUCAAUGGCUGUUUUAAAACUUUUCCAAGUCUAGGCGACUUAAUAUCACACAUCGAGGGAACACACAUAGACUAUGAUCCUAAGGUGGUCGAGCAAAAGGAGCUGGCACCGCCCCCGUCUCUGCCGCUGAGCUAUGUGCUGCGCUUCAUCUCAGAUGAUGCACGCAAGGAACCUUCCACUUUUUUGUCCAACACCACCAGCAGCAACAAUAACAACAGCGCGAGCAACACCAGCAGCAGCGGCAAUGCGGGCAACGCAGAGCUCAAGCGAAAGCUGGCCAUUAAGCAUCAUAGCUAUAGCAUGUCAUCGUCAAAUCGCAGCAACACGCCCACAGGCAGCGAAAUGGACGAAGAUGAAAUGGUUGUCACCGAAUCGGAGGAUAGCAAUGAUUCUUGGACCACCGAGGAGUUCAGCUCGGAAUUUAUUAUGCGUUAUGGUAGCAGGCAUUCCGGUGGCGGCAGCAAUGGCACGCCUGGAAAUGAAAAACCUUUUGCAUGUCCCGUACCCGGCUGUAAGAAGCGUUACAAGAACGUCAAUGGCAUUAAAUACCAUUCGAAGAACGGCCACAAAAAGGACGGCAGAGUGCGUAAGGGCUACAAAUGCCACUGCGGCAAGAGCUAUAAAACGGCGCAAGGCCUGAAAAACCAUGCACUGCUCACCCACAAUACACAGCCGGAGAGCGUUUUAACCGCUGAAAAUGUGAUUAGAUGCAAACCGGAGAACAAUAACAGCAGCAACAGCAGCAGCCUGGCCGGUAGCAACAAUGCUGGCAGCAACAAUGUCGGCCUGUUGCAGCGCAGCAAUUCACCAUCGCAGUCGCUGGGCUCGCUGAGUCCCUCCAGCAGCAACAUGUCGAGCAGCACUAGCACCAGCUGUCACGGCGCUGUCAGCUUGGGCAGCAAUAGCUUGUCUAGUAAUGCUGCCACUGCCACCAACAUGUUGCAGCAGCUUAGCAAUGGUAACAUUGUGACUGUCACAAAUUUGCCACAGCAGCAGCAACAAGCACUGCCGCAGCAGCAACAACAGCAGCAGCAGCAGCAGCAAAUGAGCGUCAGCACACUGUCGCAAAGCGCCACAGCAACAACAACAACAGCAACAGGUAACAGCAACAACAGUUUAAUGCGCAGCACACUCGGUUUAGUAUCCAUUAAAGCCAACAACAACAACCACAACAACAACAACAACAAUAAUGUUGCCGCUGUUGCUGGCGGCAACAACAGCAAUACAAAGUCCGUUAGCAAUUUAAUAGCUGCCAAUGCAGCGGCUAACAAAAUACUCAAGUUAGCCACCAACGUGGCCAACGGCGUGGAUAUUGCACAGCAGCAUAAAUUGGUUGACAGCAACAUCUCCAAGGCAAACGGCAGCAAUGCGACAAACGUGGCAACAGCUGCCGUUGCCAGCAGCAACACGCCCACAAAAAUCACGCUGCCCAAUUUGGUUAACCUAGGCAUACUAACGCCGGCCACCUCACCCACCAAGAACACACAAACCUUGACUUUCACCACGACGGCCGGCAGCCAACAGCAGCAACAACAACAGCAGGCUCUGGUGGCAACGCUUUCGACCAACAUGCUACAGCAGCAACAACAGAAGUUGCCCAAGACAAAUAUAUUGCUGCUGCAGGAGCCAAACACGAUUAACACACAUUUAAUACAGUCGCCGCCACAGCAGCAACAACAGCAACAGCAACAUGUGCUGCCCAUCAGUCCCACCAGCAGCAUUGGCAGCAGCAGCAGCAAGAGCAGCUCACCCACACCACCCCAACAACAACAGCAGCAACAGCAGCAGCAACAACAACAACAACAGCUGCACAAGAGCUCAGCUGCUGUUUUAAAACAAAAGCAUGUCAUGGUCAACAGCCUGUCGACAACAGCAGUAGCCACAGCAACAGCAACAAGUGCUUCCAGCGUCGAGCCGAUGGAUACGGAUGAGGCGGCAACUGUUGCUAGCGAUGCGUUAACUUUAACGAAUAACAGCAGCUUGAACUCAAAUGCUGUCACUGGCACAGUUGAUGGCAAGGAUAUGCCCUCGUCCAUUGCAGCGGCUGUCACUACGGGCACCAUCACGCUGGCGGCCAUUGAAGUUGUUGGCGCCGGCGUUGUCAACAGCGAAACGUAGCCUAUACUCAAGAAACUACUGAUGCGCCGCCAGUGCGCGCUAGAGGGGGCGCCUGCUUUACCAAACUAAAAAGCAAGCGCCGCUUCUUGUAUACGAACAAAAAAAAGGAAAACAUUUACAAAAAAAAAAAAAAAAAAAGGAAGAAAAAACAGUAAACAUUCUAACAAUACACUGUAAAGGAACAACUUUGUUCACACUGCUUAGUUAAUGUACUCAAUUCUUAGUUAUUAUAACUUUAAGUUACGCCCCCAUUUUCACUCGCUUGAGUGAGUUAAAGGCGGGGAAUGGGGGCGUUGUCACUCACCAAAACCCAUUGGAAAAACAUUUUGUAGACUGCUUUUUAAUUUUUGGCUUACUUUAGACCAGAGCAUGUAUAAGUUGUCUCUUAAAUAUUUGUAUUAUGUAUUAUGGAAACGCGAAUCGUAUAGAUUGUGCAAUAUGAUUUUGUAUACAACAUUUUAAGUUAGCGAUUAACGGCUGAUCUCCACCUUAUUUAAUUUAGACUAAGUUACACAAUAUAUAGACGAAACAAUUGCAAACAACACGCAACUCAAUUGUAAUAAACUGCAAAUGAUUUGAAUUUAUUUUCCAA